UGUGGCUUGUGCCAUGUUUGAGCCGUGGCUGAAGCUCGCCGCCGCCUCGGUUGUAGCAUAAUCUGCAAGUCAGCAUCAAGUCGAUGUCAUUGAUCAUGACUUGGUGAUUUGUUUAUAAGGAAAAUUUCCCGAGGUAGUCUCAAGUUGUAACCGCCGCCAACACGCCUCUCUUUAUUUUGGAAUCACAAAAGUUUGUUUUUACUUGUCCCGCAAUGAAAGUACGUCAUCGACAGCUCCGAAACACACCCGGAACCGGCGGCACCGGGACCGGGACAGUUGGGUUGCAAACCAAGCCGCCGUCCAAUCUCCGUGUGCUUGGCAUCCGGCCUUUCCGGCCUUCGAAGCACACGGCACGCCGACCCGCCGAUCCUGACUGCGAAUUGGCCAAUGGCGAGGGAUUUGUUGUUGUUGAUUUGGCGGCGGCCUGGGCAACAGGACAACGAAGCAGUGUCCACCCUGCUCGUCCUGCGAUAGGGCCGAGAGAUCAAGAGAUGUGGGUUUCAGUCAGGCAACGUCUGCAGUGGAAAGGGGGGCAACGCCGAGACGAAGGCAGCGCGGUGACGGUGAGUAUGAAGAUGCCGUACGACUCGUGCUGGCACAUGAAGCGUCUGGCUCCGUGUCCGAACUGUUUCGUUAGGUGAAGUAACAGGUGGUUUUGGCAGGCUGUCCGCUGCUCUGGUUUUCAACGACAGUCUCGACCGGACACGGACAAGGCCACUCCUCGAUUCCGAGGUCCGGGGUCUGUCGAGGUGUCGGUGGGGCGCUGAACGUGAGACGAGAGAUGCCAAGCGAUGAUUGGGCCGGCAGAAAAAUUGUCAGCUGGAAAAUGAGACUUCACAUGCAGGAACUGGAAAUGAGCCAAGGUGGUUGAGGCUAGCCUUCUUCGCGGGUUCCCCUUUUGCGCCAGGGCAGUCCAGUCUCUGAAAAUAUUUGGUUUCCCGUGCCCCAGACUUCCACCAUCACCACCUUCCGCAAACCUUCUUUGUCGGCGCAUCCCCCCCCAAGGUAAUCAGCUUAAUCGUUCCUGCUGCUUGGGUGUCGCGACGUUUCUUCUUUUCUCUUCUUCUCUUUGGGUUGUUUGCUGCCGCUGAACCGGCAUUUCCCUUCUCUUGUUCCCUUCCGCGUGUUCCGAGCAAAAACGUGACAGGAGAACUUACGAUAGAUUUAAUCGCGUUUUGUCUUCACAAUGGCUUCGAUUCUCGACCAGCUGCCGGUCCCAACGUUGGACCGGCCAUUCGGCAUCCACCUCUGGCCCAUCUUCAACAAGGCCUUCGAGAAGGUUGUUGGCUACCCUGCCGAUGACUUCCGCUUCCAGCCUGGUCAGACUCCCAUGUCUACCCUGAAGGAAACGAGCAUCUUCAUCGUCAUAUACUAUGCCAUCAUCUUUGGUGGCCGAGAGUACAUGCGCAGCCGCGAGCCCUUCAAGCUCCGGACGCUCUUCCUAAUCCACAACUUUUACCUGACCGCCAUUUCCGGCAUCCUCCUCGCUCUCUUCAUCGAGCAGAUGCUUCCCACUGUUGUUCGCAAGGGUCUCUUCUUUGCCAUCUGCGAUGCUGAUGGCGGCUGGACUCAGCCCAUGGUUGUCCUCUACUACUUGAACUACCUCACCAAGUACCUCGAGCUGUUGGAUACCUGUUUCCUGUUCCUCAAGAAGAAGCCUCUCACCUUCCUUCACUGCUACCACCACGGCGCCACAGCUCUCCUCUGCUACACCCAGCUCAUCGGUUCCACUGCCGUCUCAUGGGUUGUCAUCUGCCUCAACCUCCUCGUCCACGUCGUCAUGUACUGGUACUACUUCCAGAGCGCGCGUGGCGUCAAGAUCUGGUGGAAGGAGUGGAUCACCCGUCUCCAGAUUAUCCAGUUCGUCAUUGAUCUUGGCUUCGUCUACUUCGCGUCGUACACUUACUUCACUUCGGCUUACUGGCCCUGGAUGCCCUCCGCCGGCAAGUGCGCGGGUGAGGAGUUUGCUGCCUUCUCCGGUAUCGGUAUUCUCAGCUCUUACCUCUUUCUCUUCAUCUCGUUCUACUUCGCCACCUACAAGAAGGAUGGGAAGCGCCCCACUGGCCGCAAGGCUGUCCGCAGAAUGUCCCAGGCUCCUCUUCCCGACCCGAGCACCAUCAUUCACGGCAAGGACGUCAAGGCCACUGGUGUCAAGACCAAUGGCACUUCUACUCGCUCCCGCAAGGCCUAAAUCAGCUUGGUUGGGGAGGCUGUGUUGGUGUGAACGCAUCCUUCCCGAUCCAUGCUAUGGAAGCUUCUGCCGAGUUUCUGAGUCUCAGUUAGUCUCACCAACGACUGAGCAUAGACGAAGGAAAAGUGCAGCACUCGAGAGUUCCGGCGCAUUCUUUUCCGCGCUUGGGACUCGGGGCAUUAAUCCCCUCAAUAAAACAUAAUAAUGACAUCUCGGUAUUUAUCUACGGAGUUAUACGCGGGGAAAAAUACACAUUGCAUCACGAAUUCGGGGCUACUCAUGAUUACUCGCCCUGGGGAGAAUACACGGGCAGUGGGCAAAGUGGCUGAAUGGGCGGCCAUGGCGGCCAAGGGCUGUGUAGCUUUUCUAAUGGGCAAGGCGGGUUGGGCGGUAUGGUAUGUCAAGACGACGGACGCAUGGCUUUUAUGGGAUUGGCAUCAAUGAGCGACGACGCCGGAGCUGCCAGGUCAUCUUGGGAUGCGGUUGGGUUUUUUUUUAGAAGGGGGGGCGAGCCGGGGUUUUUUUUUUGCUUGCCACAUUCGGAGUUGAUAAAAAAACAACAAGCCGGAGUCUGUUUCGGGGGGGGAGGGAGUGCAUUCAUUGUUUCAGCUUUUUGAAAUUUUUCUUUUCGCACGCUGUAUAUUGUUGCCCUGUACUAAACUUGUGGGCUCGUCGCCGGUUGGGCCGAGUGCCAGCUAUACACAGUCUUAAUAUUACUUGAUGAAAAGGCAAA